CUUUAAGAUGUUUGGUAAAUGUUACUUCCUUGGAGCAAUUAUCUCAUCAGCAUCUGUCAGGGUCCAGGUUGAACUCUCCGAAAGACCGAUACAGCAGCGGGAGACGGACCAGACUUGGGCAUGGGAAAGGGUGAAGCUGGUUCCCUCCUUUCUCUCUGCAGGAUGAGUUUGGACCUUGUUUGCCGCCUUUAGCAGUUUCCUCCCGUUUAUGCCCGAGACCAUGGGUGCAUCAUCCUUUUUUCUGGCACUGGCUAGUGUGAAGAAGAAGGACUAAUAGACUCCCCCACACCCUUGCCUCCACCUUGCUUCCCAGCCAGAAAUUCUCCCAGCAGAGAUCACACUCCAUCCGCAGCUGAGAGCUCUCCAAGCAGAGGCAGUUCCUGCGAGGGCAUGCAGCUCCCUUCUCCGCCAUCCUCACAGACAGCUUCGGCCGGCAGCACAGCUACCUUCGGAUCUCCCUCACAGAGAAGUGCAACCUCAGAUGUCAGUACUGCAUGCCCGAGGAGGGAGUCCAGCUCACCCCCAAGGCCAACCUGCUGACCACAGAGGAGAUCCUGACCCUCGCCCGGCUCUUUGUGAAGGAAGGCGUCGACAAGAUCCGGCUCACGGGUGGAGAGCCGCUCAUCCGGCCGGAUGUGGUGGACAUUGUGGCUCAGCUCCAACAGCUGGAAGGGCUUAGGACCAUCGGUGUCACCACCAAUGGCAUCAACCUGGCCCGGCUGCUCCCCCAGCUUCAGAAGGUUGGUCUCAGCGCCAUCAACAUCAGCCUGGACACCCUGGUGCCUGCCAAGUUUGAGUUCAUUGUCCGCAGGAAAGGCUUCCACAAGGUCAUGGACGGCAUCCACAAGGCCAUUGAGCUGGGCUACAACCCUGUGAAGGUGAACUGUGUGGUGAUGAGAGGCCUUAACGAGGAUGAACUCCUGGACUUUGCGGCCUUGACCAAGAGCCUCCCCCUGGACGUGCGCUUCAUAGAGUACAUGCCCUUUGAUGGCAACAAGUGGAACUUCAAGAAGAUGGUCAGCUAUAAGGAGAUGCUGGACACUGUCCGGCAGCAGUGGCCAGAGCUGGAGAAGCUGCCAGAGGAGGAGUCCAGCACAGCCAAGGCCUUUAGAAUCCCUGGCUUCCAAGGCCAGAUCAGCUUCAUCACGUCCAUGUCUGAGCAUUUCUGUGGGACCUGCAACCGCCUGCGAAUCACAGCUGAUGGGAACCUCAAGGUCUGCCUCUUUGGAAACUCUGAGGUAUCUCUGAGGGAUCACCUGCGAGCUGGAGCCUCUGAGCAGGAGCUGCUGAGAAUCAUCGGGGCUGCUGUGGGCAGGAAGAAGCGACAGCAUGCAGGCAUGUUCAGUAUUUCCCAGAUGAAGAACCGGCCCAUGAUCCUCAUCGGUGGGUGACCCAUCAGUACGUAACCACUCGCCCUUGUCAUUUGGGGACCCUGUGGGGUGGGAGCCGUGCCCUAGGCACCCACAGCUCCUGCAUUUCAUGCUGAUGUUCUCAUCCUUGUGUGUGUUCUAUUCCUCCUUCAUCUCUUCUUAACCUUCAAGAUUUUACAGUUUCUUCCCUCCCUGUUCAUCUUCCCCCUUACUAUAUCUGCCACAGAAAUGAUCCUUCUGUCUCACCGGAAGUCGGAGCAGGGGGAUGGUCCACCAGAUUUAAUGAUCACUAAGUUAGGGGCUCCCUAAUAAUUGAGAUCCUGGUUAAAACAGAGGCCUUUUCCUCGGCUCUAAAAUCUCCCAGUUGGAUACCAUGACAGGUGUCCUCUGUAGUAUAGACUGAUCCAUGUACCAUAUUAUCUGGCCAUUAGCCUCCACUGGUGGAUGUGUGGCCACACAUCUGUGCUGGGCUGGGCAGAGUUUGAGGCAGCAAGUUAAUGUUACUCACCUUUCCACGGAGGAGAUGGCCAAGACUUCAGCUUCCCAAUUCCUUAACUCUCGGGAACAUCUGCAUAGGACAUAUCACUGUAUGUGGAGGAUGCUUCAAACAAAAGUCCCCCCUUUGAAGGCCUUAUGUAUUCUCCUACCCCUGGGGGCUAGGCUGGUCACUGAGGAGCUGUAGGGUGGCUGUUGCUCCUCUGGCACGGUGCCCAGAUUAGAGCAGGUGAGGCCUUGACCCUUUGCCCACAAUCAGGUCUGGGCCCCCUGAACUGUGCCACUAGGAAAGAAAAAGCAGGGGGAAAAGAAAUGAGAGAAAAGAUCCUUUUUCUAGAGGUUGGAGCAGUGGAGCUCAGUGGCCCAGAGGAAAACAGCCUAGAGACAGCCCAAGGACUAUCUUUGCCCACCAGCUGCCCAGGAAAGCAAAGGCAGCUCACCAUUAGGAGGAAGACUCUCUUCUCUUCUCCUUCCACCCCCAGCAUCAAAGUCCUCUUGUUGCACCCUGACCCAAGCUGAGACACCUUCAUGGCCUUGACAGCAUCUCCCCAUAAGGGAGGCUGUACCUCUGACAUUGACAAGUCCAGGGCUUAAAGUAUGAUGGGAAGUGGGAAGCUGGGGAGAAUUUGCUUAAUACUUUCAGAGAUACUGAGUAAUUAGUCCGCUUUCUAUACAAUCAAGAGUUGUCUAAAACAGGGCCUCUCAGAAUGCAUGUGAAUCACUGGGGAUUUUGUCGUUUGGAUUCUGACUUAAGAGGUCUGGGGUGGGAUUCUGCAUCUCUUGUGAGUUCUAAGGUAGUGCUGAUGCUGCUGGUCCACAAGCCAACCACCCUUUGAGUAACAAGAGCCUGCACCAUCUGAAUCAGGCCAUCAGUUUGUGUGCACUUUUGAUGUGCUUGAGGGGACUUGAAAAACAUUUAAGUAGAUCAGGUAUUCCUCUUAUUAUCUUGUCUGCAAACUAAAUGGUUAUAUUAACUCUUCAUGGAGAACGUGAAAAUGAAAAUAAGUGUAAUUGGUAACUUAGGGUGAGACCUAGCUCUAGUUUAAGAAAAUUGAAGGGACAUUCAGAGGUCAUGUGAUCCAGGCCUCAGCUUGCUGCUGCUUGGGAGAACUUGGGAAAUGAGAAGGUUUUCAUGAGGAGGGGGCCUGGAGUCGCCCUGUGCCACCCUGGCACAGCAGUCUCUGGGAGGGCUGUUACCCUGUCCGUUACUGGGUGAGAAGGGCUGUGAACUUGGACUCUGGAUGCCAUCUAUCCGUGGAUCUUCUGUUUUGUCUCUUCCCACUAAGCUUUUUGUUCUUCAUUCUCUUUCCCCUCCUGUGAAAGAGAACUUGAGGUGGGAUAGGGAGAGGGUUGGGGAGUACAGGUGGGAAAAAUAAUUGCCUUU